GGCCCGCCUCUGUUCAUGCCCUGUCUGCCGUCUGUUGCAGUGAUCCGAGCAAAGGCCGUCUCCCUAAUUGAGGUGGAUUCUGGGAACGAUGUUUACGGGAAUCCGAUCAAACGAAUCCAGUACGAGAUCAAGCAGAUCAAGAUGUUCAAGGGGCCGGAGCAGGACAUAGAGCGCAUCUACACGGCGCCGUCCUCGGCUGUGUGCGGCGUGGCGCUGGAAACCGGCGGGAAGAAGGAAUAUCUCAUCGCAGGCAAGUCCGAAGGCAACGGCAAGAUGCACGUCACGCUCUGCGACUUCAUCGUCGCCUGGGACUCCCUGAGCGCCACGCAGAAGAAGAGCCUGAACCAGCGGUACCAGAUGGGCUGCGAGUGCAAGAUCUCCCGGUGCCCCUCCAUCCCCUGCUUCGUCUCCUCUCCGGACGAGUGUCUCUGGACAGACUGGGUGACGGAGAAGAACAUCAAUGGGCGGCAGGCGAACCAUUACGCCUGCAUCAAGCGGAGCGACGGCUCGUGCGCGUGGUACCGCGGCGUGGCCCCCCCCAAGCAAGAGUUUCUCGACAUCGAGGACCCCUAAGCGGGGCGGCUGCGUUCCCACCCCAGUAGAAAGGCCUGCAAGAGAUGAGCCUGGUCCACUCUGACAUCACUUCCUGGAAACAGCAUGAAAAUACGCUCUCCCCAGCAGGCCCCGGCGGGGGGUAAAUGCCAGGUGCUUCCCAAGCGCUGCUGGCCCCUUCCCGUCCCUUCCCUUCCCAGCGGCCAGUCCCGAGCCGCCCGCACCUGGACCCCGGUCCAUGUCUCUCCUU